ACACCGGGGCGGAAUCACCUCUUCCAACGGUCUAUGGAAUCGAGGAAACCACGAACGGAACGAAGAAUCAAAUCGUAUCCUCGGAGUGCCGCUGUAUGCCCACGCCACCCACAUAUGCGCACCAGACAUGCAUACCAGACGCUCUCGACAACCAAUGUUUGAUGUUUUGGUGUCUGAUCACCUUUGUGACCGUCUCUUUACUGACUAUGUGAUUUAGAAAGAUGUUCAUCGGUGGUUUGAACUGGGAGACUACCGAAGAAUCCCUCAAGAACUACUUCUCGCAAUUCGGAGAAGUCAGCGAGUGCACCGUCAUGCGCGACAGUGCGACUGGCCGCUCUCGCGGUUUCGGCUUCCUCACGUUCAGGGAUCCCAAGUGCGUAAACAUCGUCAUGGUAAAGGAGCACUACCUAGACGGAAAGAUCAUCGACCCGAAGCGAGCCAUCCCUCGUGAGGAGCAAGAGCGGACGAGCAAGAUCUUCGUAGGCGGGGUCAGCCAAGAGGCUUCCGAGGAGGACUUCAAGAACUUCUUCAAGCAGUUUGGCCGAGUCGUGGACGCCACGUUGAUGAUGGACAAGGACACUGGCAGACCCCGUGGAUUCGGAUUCGUCACGUUCGAUGGCGACGCCGCUGUCGACGCUUGUCUGUCAGGUCCGCUGCAGAUCCUUGGCAAGCCCAUCGAGGUCAAGCGGGCUCAGCCGCGCGGUAACAUGCGAGACGAUGAUGAUGGGCGGAAGUUCGGUCGUGGCGGUGGUAGGUACGGAAGCCGCGACAGCGGCGAUCGCAACGCCGGCUUCUCCGCGGAUUCCAAUCAAACCCAAAACCAGAACCAAGGCGGGGCCACCGGCCAGAUGACCCCGGCGAUGAUGGCUCAGUACUGGCAACGCAUGCAGCAGUACUUCCGUCAGAUGCAGCAAAACCUUGCGGCUUCAGCCGGCGGCAUGCCAAACCCAAUGGGUGGUAUGCCCGGAGGCAUGAAUCCUGCGAUGAUGGGCAUGAUGGGAGGCAUGAGCCCAGGCUCUGGCAGCCCGAACCCAGCUGUGAUGGGCGGCCCGAUGAACCCUGCUAUGAUGCAACAGAUGCAACAACUGCAGCAAAUGCAGAUGAAUCAGGGCGGUGGUUACGGAGGAGGCAACCAGGCCAUGAUGGGAGGAGGACCCCGACCCGGCUACACCGCGAUUGAGCAGCAGAUAUUCGAGCAGCAGAAGUACGAGCAACAGCAGGCCCGUCGUAUGCAACAGCAGGCCGGCUACGGUGGACAAGGUGGACCUACGAGCUGGGAGGGCAUGUACGACGACAUCCCGCAGCCAUCGAAUCCGGUCCAACCUGGCUUUCCUGGCGGUGGAGCUGGCCAUCAUAUGCCUAGGGGCGGCCACUUCAAGCCUGCAAUCAAGAGGGAAAUCAAGCCGGGCAAUGCUCCUGCAAAUGCUCCAACCGGACCGAAGAACGCGGGCAAGCCGGGUGCCAACUAUCGCGGCGGCGGCCGAAACGCCAACUACCGUCAUAACCCGUAUGGUGGUGGCCGCAACGCUUGAGUGGCCGCACCAGAGGGGCCGGAGUAGCUCGAGCGCACCUCGACUGUCAGGUACCUUAGGUUGGACUAGCCAGCUGUUCAGCUGGCUUUACGCCUAAGCUCC